GAGAAGGGGUGGGGUGAGCCGAGGCCCGACACCCUCCCAAGCUCCUCCUGCCUCCCCCCCACCCCCACCUACUAAGGCGCCCAGCAAGCUGCGCUCCGCUCACUGGCCGCCGGUCCCAGCCAGCCUAACGAUCUUGUUGUGCCUCGGGCCAAGACCUCACCAAAAUGCCGUCUCAAAUGGAACACGCCAUGGAAACGAUGAUGUUCACGUUUCACAAAUUUGCUGGGGAUAAAGGCUACCUAACGAAGGAGGACCUGAGAGUGCUCAUGGAAAAGGAGUUCCCUGGGUUUUUGGAAAAUCAAAAAGACCCUCUGGCCGUAGACAAAAUAAUGAAAGACCUGGACCAAUGCCGAGAUGGCCGAGUGGGCUUCCAGAGCUUCUUUUCGCUAAUCGCUGGGCUCACCAUCGCGUGCAAUGACUAUUUUGUAGUGCACAUGAAGCAGAAGGGGAAGAAGUAGGCAGCUGAGCAGCUACUUCCUCCCCGAGAAAGAGGUCUCCCAAUGGGUCGCUUAAGGAAUCUCUGCUCCACAGCUUCCCCCUGUAUGAGGAUUUCAUGAGCAGACUGGGACCCUUAGAAAAUGUAUAAAUAAAACCCCACCCCCAUUUGACAAGAGAAAGAAAAGCCAAUUAAAGCCAGAUAAGCUUUUGAUGUUUA